AUGUCAGCAAACACUGUGGCUCGAAGGGUACAAAACAUCGCUGAAAAUAUAUCCUCUCAACUGUUCGACAAAAAUGGACAUGUUGAGUGGUUUUCUUUGGCCUUGGAUGAGUCAACGGAUGUGUCAGAUACUGCUCAGGUGUUGAUUUAUAUUAGAGGAUUAGAUAAAAGCUAUGAAGUGCACGAAGAACUUCUUUAUAUGUAUAGUAUUCAUGGCACAACUACUGGUAUCGAUAUUUUUAAAGGAGUUGAAAUGGCCAUUAAUAAAAAGAACCUUCGAUGGAAAAACUUGAAAUGUAUUACAACUGAUGGAGGCAAAAACAUGAGUGGGAAAGAUAAAGGAGUGGUCGCUCUUGUGUCAAAGGCUGUAGAAAAUGACGGCGGCUCAAAACCAUUAGUCUUACAUUGUAUCAUUCAUCAACAGUCUUUGUGCGGAAAAUGUUUGGAUACGUCUGACGUUCUGAAACCAGUCAUAUCAAUUGUUAAUUUCAUCAGACCUUUUGGGCUGAAUCACCGACAAUUCCGACAAUUUAUUGCAGAGAUUGGAGAAACAGACUUACCUUAUCAUACUGCCGUACGCUGGCUUAGUUGUGGGAAAGUCCUUCAGCGCUUUUUUGAACUUCGAGCAGUGAUCGAAAUUUUUUUGAAUGAAAAGCACCGCCCUCUUACUGAAUUACAAAACAACGCAUGGCUAUGGAAGUUAGCAUUCUAUGUUGAUUUGACAAAACAUGUGAACGAACUGAAUUUGAGAUUGCAAGGAGAAAACCAGCAUCUUCCUGAUUUAUACACUAAUAUCAAGUCAUUCCGGAUGAAAUUGAUACUGUUUCAAUCACAACUACGAAUUUCACUAAGUCUCUCGGUAGCCGCCGAAGAGACAAGACGUGCAGAGUGCGGACGAGCAGCAGUAGCAGCGCAACAAGUCGAGGAGAGGGAAGUGCUUUGGUGUAACGUACUUCUUAGUACGGCUGUGAAUGUAAGCACAGCAACACUAGAGCGCUCGCUCUCGCUAGACGCGAAGACGUGGAAGCAGAGGCAAAAGCCAACCUCUUGGAUGUGGUGA